UUAAAUUGUUGUUCAAGUAACUCAAACAGGCAUCAUCCAAUGGUUGUGAGUAAACAAAGAGAGUGCAUACAACCUUAACGAACCAAGAUUCUUGCUUUUGGAUUGCCUUAGGCUCUUUAUUGCCUUGUGGAUGAGACCCACCGUGAAAUUGGAUGCGACGAUGACGGAUGAAGACCGUAGAGGCUGAAAGAACCCUUGAGACACGAUUUGUCAAUGAAAAAAGGGUCAUCUGUAAGAUUGUAACCCCACGACAUACCUAGCUCCUAAUUAAACACCCCUUUGUUUUUCUAAUGGACACCCAAGGUUCAAAGUUGGAUUUUUCAUUGAACUCUCAUGGAGAUGCCAAAACGAUCAGUAGCUCGAAGCCUCGAACUAAUUGAUAGUAUAAUAUUAACCCAGAGAAGAGAUUAAACCCUCGAAGAAUCUGAAGCAUUCAAUAACUAAAACAGAUCAAAGGGUACAUUGAGAACCAGACACUGUUUUUGUUUAAUGGGGAAAUAAGCUGUAAUGCCUGCAAAGCGAAUCAAUGGCAGUAGUACUAGGGUUUAUGUUUUUUGCCGGCUCUCAUUUCACUGCCCUGAGAAGAUAGACCACAACUACUGUUUAUCGAAACAAGACAAAGGGUUUAAAGGUUUAGGCUUUUUUGUCUCCUCUUAAACAUAUUGAGGCUCACUUGGUCCAUGAUUAAACCAGCAAUAUAAGACUAUUGGGCCUAUAGGAUGCCAUUUUCAUUUGACAUUUUUAUUGAGGUAAAAAAAUAGCCAAGAACAAGCGAAGAACGUUUGUUGCAGCACUGAAUCUUGACCCCCAACCCCGCAAAAAAAAAAAAAAAAAACUGAUACUAGAUGAAAUCUGUAUCGAUUCAGCUUUUUUUUUUCACUGAAAACUGAGUAAAUUGAAAAAAAGUUGAACCCUUUUUUUUAAAGAAUUUGUGGAUGAUGUCUAAUGAGAGGCACGCUUCUUCCAAUCCUACAUCUCCUCAAGAAAAUGAUGCUAUGUUCCUUGAUAUACUUCAUGAAGCUCCAUUAUUUGGUCACCGGAAACCAAGGAGUAUAGUUGGGGGUGUUUUUUAUUGUUUCAUACUGGCAAGUUACGCAAUCUUGGCUGCAGCAGCUCCUUGGAUAUUUCAGCCUAUUGGGCAUUUAGUCUUACCAUUGCUUUGCAGUUGUGAUGUUGUUCUUUUAAUAGUCACAGGCAUUUUUCAGCAAUACCAUGUUUAUCAAGUCCAGAAGAUACGUUUACAAGGUUACUAUAGUUUCAGUCAGAAGUUGAAGCAUAUUGUUCGUCUACCGUUCGCCAUUACUGCUUAUGGAACUGCUGGAAUGAUACUUGUCAUGGUCUGGGAACCCUAUAUUCGUAUCCUUUCUACCUCUACUAUACUCAGGAUUAUUAUGUUGGUUGAAGCAGUAUGUUCUGGGUUCUUUAUGAGUGUGUAUAUCGGUUACGUAUAUCAGUACAAUUCAUUGGAUUCUCAGCCUGAUGUUUUGAAGUCAUUAUAUUCUCCCCUUCAAGCAUCAAGUCCUUUGGAAGAUUUGAGGUAUCAUGACGGUGGUCGACUCUCUGAUCAGCAAAUGGCUUUACUGCAGUAUCAGCGUGAAAACCUUCAUUUUCUAAGUGAGGAGAUUCUUCGAUUGCAAGAGUGCUUGAGCAAAUACGAAGGAUCUAAUGAUGGAAGCACACCUCAGGUCGAUCUUGCCCAUCUAUUAGCAGCUCGUGAUCAAGAAUUACGAACAGUUUCAGCUGAGGUACCCUUGUUAAUAUCGGAAACAUGAAAACCUUAUCGAUGUUAGAGAUAUUCUUUUGAACAAUUGAACUUUUUGUUCUUGCAUAUUAUUUGUAGUUGUCUUAGGCACCAUGCUUUGCUUGUUCGGUUACUUAUGCCUAAGAGUAAGGUUUUAAGGUGUUAAGAAUCAGGGCAUGCAUUUGGUAUGCAAACCCACAACCCUAUGUUGUUCCGACUCUUUAUUUUUUUUAUAGUAUCUAUUCUCACACCCGUGUCUGACACUUUUUCAGACAUGGAUAUAAGGAUAUGACUCUUCAAAUACAUUCAAACUUGAAAAAUAC